UGUGCUACUAGACCAAAAAGGACGUUCAGGAGCACAAAGUCUCUAUUCCAGAGAUGCAAGGCUACAAUCAACUUUAUGAUAUCCAAGGUCAACACGAGUCUCUAUUCCAGAGAUGCAAAGCCAUGACGUACACGUUAUGAAUUCAAAGAAAGCUACACUCUUUACAUAACUGGCCCUUAAUUUUCGCUUCAUCAUAAUCUCCAUUUUUUUUUCCUUUUUCAUUCUCAACAUGGUUCAGUCAACAUGGUUCUUCUCACUGUUGGUAUCAUUAACGCUUCAUUUAUCAGGGAUCAAUUCCGCUAAACUGACUUUGAUCAACCAAUGCAACUACACGGUGUGGCCAGCUCUGACUGGUAACGUCAGUCUUUCAACCACGGGGUUCGUUUUUCCAAGCGGCGAAAAUUCCAGUGUCAAUGUACCCGUGAAUUGGCUGGGUCGAAUCUGGGGCCGUACACUCUGCACCACCGACUCAAUAACCGGAAAAUUCUCUUGUGCUACCGGCGACUGCAGUUCUGGCAAGAUAGCAUGUAAUGGAAGUGGAGGCUCUCCACCGAACACGCUGGUGGAGUUCAGUUUAGACGGCUUCAACGAUAUUGACUUUUAUGACGUGAGCUUGGUGGACGGGUUCAACCUGCCCCUGAUUGUUGUUCCCAUAAGUGGUUCCGGCAGCAACUGUAAGAGCACGGGGUGCGUGGUGGAUUUGAACGCAGUGUGUCCGGCGGAGCUAAAGGCAACCAGAAAUGAGGAAGUGGUGGCAUGUCAGAACCCUUGCAGUGCGUUCCAAGAGGACUAUUUUUGUUGCGUCGGGAACCGUUCCUCGUGCGAACCAAGUGUGUACUCCAAAAUAUUCAAGACGGCAUGUCCGCAAGCCUACAGCUACCCACUGGACGACCAAACCAGCACCUUCACCUGUCCCAAUCCUGUAGACUACAACAUUGUCUUCUGUCCUACAUCUACCAAUGCCAGUCGAAGGGUUGGUGACUCACUCAUUGCUGGUAAUGAGACAUCUACGUGGCUUUCUCCUUCAGGUGAUUUUGCAUUUGGCUUCUACCAACUUCCUAAUGAGCUUUUCUUACUGGCUAUAUGGUAUAACAAGAUACAAAAUAGGACCAUCAUUUGGUAUGCAAAUGGAGACAACCUUGCUCCAAUAGGAUCAAAGUUAGAACUCAACGACUCUCGGGGACUAGUACUAAAAAAUCCGGAAGGUUUAGAGUUAUGGAGAUCAAAUUUUACCUCAAGUGCAGUUUUUACUGGUCAAAUGAAUGAUGAUGGAAAUUUCCAACUAUUAGAUCAAAAUUUUGUGUCAUUAUGGGAGAGUUUCACUCAUCCAACUGACACAUUGGUUCCAACUCAAGUAAUGGAGUUAGGUGGAGAACUCUCUUCUCGACAAGGACAGCUCAACUUCUCAACUGGAAGGUUCAAACUUUAUCUACAACACGAUGGGAAUCUUGUGCUUAAGCUUAUAAAUUUGCUUAGCAACUAUAGUAAUGCUGUUUACUUUAAUACUGGUACUGCUGAUUUAAACAACCAAACAAAUGUUGGCAAGAGAUUUGUAUUUGAUAAAUCAGGCUUCUUGUAUGUAAUGAAGAAAAGUGGGGAAAAGUUCAAUGUCAGCACAUCAAACGAUACCAUCUCUUUUAAUGAUGUCUACUACAAAGCAACACUCAAUUUUGAUGGAGUUUUGACUGUAUCAUAUUAUCCCAAAGAUCCAAACAAAGAACAAAAGUGGGUCACUUUAAAGACAAUACCAGAAAAUAUUUGUCUAGAUUCUACUUUCACAGAUGGUGGAGGAGUUUGUGGAUUUAAUAGCAUAUGCAACCUGAAAGAUGACCAGAGACCCAUGUGUAACUGCCCAGAGAAAUAUUCUCUAAUUGAUUCAAAUAACAUGUAUGGUGGUUGCAUACCAAAUUUCCAAGUAAUUUGUCAAGGAGGUGGUCAGAUGGGUUCACUAGAUGAUUACAUGAUGAAAGAGUUGCAAAACACUGACUGGCCAAAAUCGGAUUAUGAAACAGUAAGUCCUUGUACUCUAGAACAGUGUACAAAAUCUUGUUCGCAAGAUUGCUUAUGUGUGCUGGUUACUUUCAGUGGAAAUUCUUGCUGGAAGAAGAAGCUACCACUCACAAAUGGGAGAAGAGGUAAAGAAGUAAAUGCAACUUCUAUCAUGAAAUUGAUGAAAAAUGAUGAGCUCUUGACUCCUUUACCAAACAAAAAGAUGAAAGAAGAUCAUGAUACCUUGAUCAUCGUGAUAUCAGUUCUUUUGGGCUUCUCUGUGUUGGUCAUUUUAAUGUUGGUUGGUACAAUGUAUUUUGGUUUCUCCUACAACCGGAAGAAGAUCAAAAGUGGUGGAACCAACGAUGGUGUUGUUGGGAAAAACUUGCGUAACUUCACCUUCAAGGAACUUGUAGAAGCAACAAGAAACUUUAGUGAAGAACUGGGAAGGGGAUCUUUCAGCAUUGUGUACAAAGGAAGAAUAGACAUGACAAGUGUGGCUGUUAAGAAAUUAGACAAAUUGUUUCAAGACAAUGAUAAGGAAUUUCAAACUGAAGUGAAUGUAAUAGGUCAAACUCAUCAUAGGAAUCUGGUUCGUCUACUUGGAUAUUGCAAUGAAGGACAACACAGAAUUUUGGUGUACGAGUUUAUGAGCAAUGGCACUUUAGCAAGCUUCCUUUUCACCCCUUUGAAAGCAAAUUGGAGACAACGAUUUGACAUUGCCUCUGGGAUUGCAAGAGGUCUUGUUUACUUGCAUGAGGAAUGUUGUACCCAAAUCAUCCACUGUGACAUAAAGCCACAGAAUAUACUUCUAGAUGAUCAAUGUAAUGCCAGAAUUUCAGAUUUUGGAUUAGCAAAGUUGUUACUGAUCAAUCAAAGCCACACUGAAACUGGAAUCAGAGGAACCAAAGGGUAUGUUGCACCAGAUUGGUUUAGAAGUUCACCAAUCACUACUAAGGUUGACACUUAUAGUUUCGGAGUGUUGUUAUUAGAGAUAAUUUGUUGCAGGAGGAAUGUGGAAAAGGAGCUUGCUGAUGAAGAAAAAGGGAUAUUGACAGAUUGGGCAUAUGAUUGCUACAAGAGUAGAAGACUAGACAUUCUUCUAGGAAAUGAUGAUGAAGCUAUUAAUAACAUUAAUAGUUUUGAAAAAUUUGUCAUGGUUGCUCUUUGGUGUAUUCAUGAAGAUCCCUCUCUUAGGCCAACAAUGAAGAACGUUUUGCUGAUGCUGGAAGGAAUUGUUGAAGUUUCAAAACCCCCAAAUCCCUACCUUUACAGUUCUGCCAGUUAAAGUUAAGCAUUAUGUGUUUGGAUGUGGUUUUGACAUCUUUUCUUUUAUGUUGGAUACUUGUUUAUUUAGGUGUUCUUCAAGUCCUUAAAUUUCACUAUUGUUCUUUUGCA